AUGGCGGAUACGACGCACAAGACAUUAUCGGGUGGAGUUAAACGUUGGAAAUCCAUCUAUAGUAUUUUUAAUUGUAUGAAGUACAUGCUAAGAAUUUUCUGCUAUGUUGCGGCAGUUGUGACGUUCCAGAUUAGUUCAUUUUUUAACAUUUUUUCUGAUUAUCUUAAAACAACUGAAAAGGCAGAAGAUUUACAUGAGAAAACUAUUGAAAAAAGGUGCGACGCUAAUUCUUUUUCUAAUGAAACCAAUAAAAAUGAAGAACUAAAGGAAGUAUUUAAAGUUAUCAAUGAUACGGUUAAUGAAUUAAUAGACAAAGAGUGCAAUUUGCAUUCCAAUCACAUGGAUAAAAAUGAAGAACAAAAAGGAGAAAAUAAAGAUAUUGGUGAUAAUGGGAAUGGAUUAAUAGAUAAUGUGACUGAAGAAAGUAAUGGUCAAUCCGUUUUUCACCAUAAUAUAAUUGCAGAACAAAAAAUAGUAAAUGGAAUUAUUGCUAAUAUUGUAAAUUGCAAAUUAAAUGAAGAGUCUGAUUCUCAAUAUUACGAUGGAGUUGAACAAAAGCCUACGUCUCAAAUUCCUGAAGAAUCAAGUGAAAAUACUAAUUCUGAAGACAGCCAAGCCAAAGUUAAAGAAGAAACUAUUAUUUGCGAGGACAUUGGAUCUGCAAGAGUUAAAAAAAGACAUCCUACCAAAAAUACUGCAAUGUUACUAAUAGCUAAAACAAUAAAUGAAAACAAAUUAAUGGAUGGACGAUUCAAGUUUGUAACCAAUUUCGACAAAGACAAAAUGUCAAAUAAAGAAACACCUAAUGGAAAUCUUUACCAAGACAAAGAUAACAUUUUUACAAACAAAUCUGAUAGUUUUAAAAGUGAAAACAAACUGUCAUUAAAUAAUGAACCUGAGAAAACUGAUUGUUUUGAAGUAGCUAACAAUAGCAACAGUAAAGACACUUCUAUUGGUAGUGCAUCAAUGUACAAGACUGAUAGCAUAAACCCUGAUAUCUACAAAAAUGUAGAACCAAUGGAGAAUCAAUACAAAAUCAAUGGAAAUCAAAAAUUGAUCACAAAAAAUAAUGUCGAUCACUGGGAAAAUGAUGAUGGUAAUAAAAGAAGAAUUCCAAUUACAAAGACUGAAAACAUAAUCAAAGAAAUGAAUGGUGAACUCUUGAAAAAUUACAAUGGUUAUGAAAAUAAAGAACCAAUUAUAACGACUGAAAAUAUGAUCACAAAAAAUAAUGAUGUCCACUGGAAAGAUUUUGAUAAUUAUAAUAAUAGUAAAUCAAAUACAAAGUCUGAAAAUAUGAUCACAUCAAAUAAUGGUGAAUGCUGGAAAAAUGAUGAUGGUAUUGAGAACAGAAAAUCAAUUUCAAUGACUGAAAAUAUGAUCACAUCAAAUAAUGGUGAAUGCCAGGAUAAUUAUGAUGGAAAAUCGAUUUCAAAGACUGAAUAUAUGACCACCAAAAAUAGUACUGAACACCGGGAAAAUAACAAUAGUCAUGAAUACAAAAAACCUAUAACAAAGACAGAAAAGAAGUUUUUAAAUAUAUUUGAAGUAAAGGAUGACAUCUUUGAUUUGCCUUCUAAAUUUUCUUUAGCACAUUGUGUUUGUGAAGAUUUUCAUACUUCUAUGGGCAUGACGGCUGAAUUUAAAUACAAAUUUGGUAAAAUUGGUGCAUUAUUGGAUCAACAGUUACGUGUGAGCGACAUUGGUCAUAUUAUACAUAAUGAGCAACAUGUAUUUUAUAUAGUCCUAAAAAGAAAAAUGAAUCAAAGACCAUUAUUAUCUACCUUAGAAAUAGCGUUGUAUAAUUUACGUAAUAAAAUGAAUGACCUUAAAUUAACAAAAUUGGCAAUCCCAAAACAUGGAUUAGACUCAUUCCAUAUGAUGGAUGUGAAGGAACUGAUUUCAAAAAUAUUUACAUUAUCCAAUAUUGAGGUCACUAUAUGCCUGACUUCAUCAAAAUUAGAAAUAGAACAUUUUAUUCCUCCAAAAGUAAAUUAUACUUUUAAACAAUUGUGGGAGAUGGAGAAACAAACUGAUAUAAUAAUAUUUAUAAAUAUAAAAACAGUGUAUUCAGAGAAUUGGUAUGACGAAGUUGUUGAACAUAUCAAUGCUAAAUACCCAUUUAAAGAGAGAUUAUUAAAUGAUAUUAAUAUUAAACCAAUGGCUCAUGGUGAUUUUCUGAUGUACAAAAUUGACACUGAAGUAUUGUUUUGUGUAUUCGUUAAACCUUUUGAUCAAUAUUCAGCAUACUUUAGAUGUCUCGAAAAAACUUUUCAUGAAAUAAAAUCACAUUUAACUGGUUAUAGAUAUUUGGGAGUUCAACAAGAGCCAUUUACUCAUAAGCCUAACCAACUCACUUUAACACGUAGUUUGUCUAUGCUAAAAACAGUUUUUAGUAAUCAAAACGCUGAAAUUUGGAUUUGUGGUGAUACUGAACAACAUAAAGCACUUACUUAUCAACUAUAUAAAAAAACUGUUAAUGAUGCCAUUGAGCCAAAUCCAAAACGAAAUUCAAAAACAAACAAAUCUAAAAAUAGAUCAGAUAGAAAGAGAAAUGGUAGUAACAGUAGACAUGAUUCAUCAGAAAAACAUUACAGUAAAAACAUAUCAGAUGUAAAAGCUGUUACAUAUCUAAACCAAGAACAAACAUCUGUCGAUAAUUACAAAUCAGAAAAUUGGGAUAACUGA